AUGCCUGAUUCAUCCAUAAUUCAUUCCACACCAAUAGAAUCACAACAACAACAAGUAAUUCCUUUUGAUUCGCAGGACGAAGAAGUUUUUGAUACCGGUGAUAAUCCAUCGCUUGAAACGUCUGUCAGACAGGCGUUGAACACCCCUCAAGGUCGUCAGAGACUGCAAAAUGGAGAGAAAUACAAAGGUACACCGGGUCUAUACGAGCUGAUCUUCAAGAAGAUUCCAAACGACGCUAUCUACACUGAGAAUGAUAAACAAACGUACAAACAUAUAUUAUUGACGACGAAUGCUCACAGACGUGACAAUAAGGCUAGAAUGCCUAUUAAGAGUAACAAGGGACACAUACAAAAACAUUAUUGCUCCGCUCUUAGUUACAAGGAGUGUCAGUGGCACGAGUAUUGGUUCAGUGUGAGCGCGCUAUCGAUAAAAGUGCCCAACGAGAUUCAACGUGAUGUAACUGAUCUACGUCAACAAAUGCUUAAUAUGGUGACGAAAGAGAUGAUUCAGCGUGGUGUAACUGAUCUGCGUCAACAAUUGCAUAAUAUAGCGACGAAAGAAAUGUUGGAGACUAAUGAAAUUCAACGAGGUGUAACUGAUCUACGUCAACAAAUGAAUAAUACGGUGACGAAGGAGUCGUUAGAGAAAUCGUUUAAAACGACAGGAAGAGAUAUAAUCGUACGCGCGCUUCAUGAUAUGCAGAAAGAUAGUUUAAAAGUGUAUAGUGAUAUGGAAAAAAAAUCAAUUAUCAAUGUUUUGAGUAAAUACGCAUGGGCUAUACCACUCAAGAGCAAGAACGGAAACGAUGUGGCCGCAGCGUUAUCUACAAUAUUUCGUGAGGACGAACGAUACCCACGAAACCAGCAAACGGAUCAAGGAAAAGAAUUUUACAACGCUACCGUGCAGAAAAACAUUGUUAAGAGAUACAACAUAAAUCAUUAUUCUACGUAUUCAGUGAUGAAAGCGUCGGUGGUGGAACGAUUCAACCGUACACUCAAGAAUAACAUGUGGAAAACGUUCACGUUAAACGGUUCGUACAAAUGGAUCGACGAGCUACCGCGUCUAUUGUCAGAUUAUAAUCAUCGUAAUCAUCGAACCAUUGGGAUGCGACCGAUAGACGUAACAUCCACCGUUGCAAAACGACUCUUGUCGAUGGUAUACAGUCAUGUAAAAAUUGCCGCUUCAACGAGGUUCAAGAUAGGCGAUCCAGUACGAAUUAGUAAAUUCAAGACAAUUUUUGAAAAGGGUUAUACACCUAAUUGGUCCAUCGAGAUUUUCUACAUCGUUAAAACACAACGUACGAAUCCUGCAACGUAUCUACUGAAAGAUUAUCAAGGGAAGCCGAUAGCUGGUGGAUUCUACGAACAUGAAUUACAGCGAGUCUCCAAUCCUGACGUUUACCUCAUGGAAAAAAUACUACGAAAACGAGGAAAUAAAGUGUAUGUAAAAUGGUUAGGAAGGGACAGUUCACAUAAUUCUUGGAUAGAUAAAACGGAUGUAUUGUAA